AUGAUGAGGCUUCUCGAGAAGUGUCACGAGGAGAGGAUCCGGUUCGGCAUCACAGCGGAGAGCCAGGCAGCGGCGUCGGCAGCGGUGGCCGAGGCUGUGCGUUUGGACGCUGAGGCGGACGAGGCGGAGGAGGAGGCAGAGGCGGACGAAGAGGCGGCGGCGGCGGCAGAGGCGGCUCGGGCGGCGGCGGCGCAGGCGCAGGCGGAGAUCGUCGCAGCGCUGGAGAAGGCCAACGCGGCGCUCGCGGACGCGACGGCCGCUGCAGAGGCGAGCGCUGCUGUUGCGGCUGCUUCGAAGGCCAAGGCGACCGCUGCCAGGAUGGCCGCGGAUGCAGCCGAGCAGCAGCGCUCGUGA